AUGAUACCGAUUAUACUCAUCUCGCUUCUUGGACUUCUCCCUGUCGUUUGGUUAUUUUCAAAGCGUACAAGGUUAGAGAACGAGCCACCUUUGGACAAAGGUUACAUACCCUGGCUUGGUCAUGCACUGGAGUUCGGAAGAGAUGCGGCAAAGUUCUUAACAAGAAUGAAACAGAAACAUGGUGAUAUUUUUACAGUCCGAGUCGCCGGACGUUACGUCACAGUUCUCCUCGACCCAAACUCGUAUGACGCCGUCCUGUCAGACACGACCACGCUGGACCGGACACGCAUCUCUCAGAUGCUUCUGCAGAGGAUCUUUGACGUGCGCUUGCCCAGUUACGAAGCUGAGGCUCAGAGGCGGUGUAUGGAGAGGUACUUCCAAGGGCCUAGUCUUUCACAGCUGUGUAGUUCAAUGUACCACAAUCUUCAAUUUCUGUUAGCAACAGACACGACCCCAGGCUCAGUGGAGUGGAAACAGAGUGGCCUCUUCAACUUCUGCUACAGUAUGCUUUUCAGGGCUGGUUACCUGUCGAUGUUCGGAACAGAGAACAACAACAAGGCUGAGCUCUCUGCCGUGUACGAGGAGUUCCGCAAGUUUGACAGGCUUCUGGGCAAACUGGCACGCUCAACUCUGACUAAAGAGGAGAAGAAGGUGGCUGUUUCGGCCCGGGAGCGUCUGUGGGGUCUCCUGUCCUCGGCUUUGCAGAGUGAAGCACCUGAAUUUCAGUCCUGGAGGAAAAGAUACCUGCAUCUGUUGGAGCAGAGCGGAGCAGGCCCAGAGACUCAGACACGAGCCAUGCUUAUGCAGCUCUGGCUCACACAGGGCAACGCUGGACCUGCUUCUUUCUGGCUGCUGGCUUUCUUACUCACCCACCCUGAGGCGAUGAAAGCAGUUAGAGAGGAACUCAGAGAGCUACAGCGCCCUCCAGUGGACGCAGCACAGAAGCACACUCCUGUUUUCGACAGUGUACUGAAGGAGACAUUACGCAUGACCUCUGCUGCCUUCGUCACCAGAGAGGUCCUCCAGAAUAAGACGUUACGUCUGAGCGGCGGGAGGGAGGUUCUCCUCAGACAAGGAGACCGUUUGUGCCUCUUCCCUUUCCUCAGCCCUCAAAUGGACCCUCAGAUCCAUCCGGAGCCAGAGAAAUUCAAGUUUGACCGCUUCUUAACCACGGACGGAAAAGAAAAGACAGAGUUCUACAAAGACGGUCGGAGGAUGAAAUAUUACAGCAUGCCCUGGGGGGCUGGAGCCAACGCCUGUGUGGGGCGUCAUUUUGCCGUCACUGCUAUAAAACAGUUUGUAUUUAUGGUCCUAACCCAUUUGGACCUGGAGCUGAGUGAUCCGAAUGCUACCAUUCCACCGGUCAACCCCAGCCGAUAUGGGUUUGGGGUGAUACAACCAGACAGAGACCUGGAGGUCCAGUAUAGACUCAGAAAACUGCCUCGGAACUGGUCAAGUCCUGCCUACACUUUGUAG